AGCAAGUCGCCUCCAGCUCGAGUGUAGCUGCCCCUCCGCGAGCGCACUUCCGUGCAGGCCUGAUGCCAUAUCAUCAAGAGGAGGUCACCGACGCGCACGCAGACGAGAUACUCAACGCUUGCGCCCAGCCAGCGUUCCGUGUCACGGUCCCGACCUCCCUAGGCUGCACUACUGUCGAAGCACACCCCGACGAGGUCGACAAGUCUCGCCCCCACCGUUGUCCGCAGUGCGGCAAAGGGUUCAAUCGGCCCAGCAGCCUCGUGACGCACGUCAACAUGCACACCGGCGCAAAACCGCAUCCAUGCCUUUUCCCCGGCUGCCUGCGGCGCUUCAACGUCAAGUCGAAUAUGCGGCGACACUACCAACGUCACCUGCGACCGCACCCCCCGCUUCGCACGCGAGCGUCGAGCUCCACCUCCCCCGCGCUGCCGUCGGCGUGGAUGACCCCGUCCGACUCGCGCUCGCCGUCCCCGCUCGCGCGGAAGUACCUGGCGCAGAUGGGCGUAGGCCGCCCCAUGCGAGCCCCGAGCCGCCUCGACCGUCCGGCGUGACGCCGUGUCUACGCUAGGGGCAGCUCUUUUAGGGCCGCUCUCUGCUCCUGCUCGCGCUCCCACCGUGAGCUCCACCUGCGCCCGUCCUCGGUCGCGCACACCCACGCGAGGCGCGGCGGCCGCACGCGGGUCGAGCUGGUGACGCGCCGCCAUGACGGGCGAGCGAACCACGGCGACGAUUAACCGUCGGAGGCAGGCUCGCACCUCCGCACGGCGGCCGUGCCGUGGGAGUGCCCAGGGAGGAUGUGGGCAUGGGCGCGCUGGCGAAUUUGUCUCUUGGGGGCAAGAUAGGGAUGGUUUGCGGGCGGCGCGGGACGCUUGGUGCGGGGAAACACUGGAGUUGUGCAUUGAUACUCGCCGGGCGCGAGUGAUUAAUGAACACUCGGGGCGGGAGGGGGGUGUUUCGAGUGCGUCAUACGUCGACAUUGUUUUAUUCCUGUAUCAUAUAUGGGUGUGCGCACUGGGUCGGGCUCACCUCCGGCUGGGUCUAU